AUGCCGGAGGUGUGUUUACCCAGUGUGUUUGUCGAGUACACAGAGAGCCAGAACGGACCGCACCCUACAUACCAGUACUCAUCCACAGCUGAGUCGACUGAGAGGGACGGCCGGGGCGCGCUCUCAGGACCUUGCCAUUGCAAAGCCAGUGCUCUGUCACUGAGCUAUGCCACCUCUAAGAAGCCCAAAGGCAGCAUGUAUGGGUAUCAUGUGGCCAAAGGGUUGCAUGGACUGACGCCUUCACACCUUCCUUACAAGACAGUUACAAGAGGUGUGUGUAAUAUUUGCACCAUCACAAAGCCUCAUACGUGCGCACCAAAGGCUUCUCCUCCGUGGGCACAAACUCAAAUACAGCAGUACAGUGACAUUGUUCCUCCUUCCAAAUGUGGUCGAUCCAUGCAGCAGGUGGUCCACACAUCUGGGACUGCCACCACCUUGCCACCACUCUGCCACCACUCUGCCAGCACCACACCUGAAUACACAUCUGGGACUGCCACCACCCUGCCACCACUCUGCUACCACUCUGCCACUACCACACCUGAAUACACAUCUGGGACUGCUACCACCUUGCCACCACUCUGCCACCACUCUGCCACUACCACACCUGAAUACACAUCUGGGACUGCUACCACCCUGCCACCACUCUGCCACCACUCUGCCAGCACCACACCUGAACACACAUCUGGGACUGCUACCAAUGGCCCUCUACCUUAA